AUGACUGAUGCUGCGGAAGAAUAAACUAGCUUGUAAAGCAUAUCCAACAAGGGAUUUAGAGAAAAAAAUUAUGCUAAUACUUCUUAUUCAAGUGAUAUGUCAUAAAUAUAAUUGCCAAAUAUAGAGAUAGAUUUGCAGCCUGUAGAAGAGGAAGAGGACUAAUUAACCUUAAGUGAUAUAUAGUCAAAUGAAGACGAUUAAAAAAGUGAGAAAAAAAUUGAAGAUGAUGAAAAUUCAAUGGUUUCUUCAAUACCAAAACAAAAAACUCCUAACAAUAAUGCUAACUUAAAUAUCCCUCCAAAUACUAAUUAAUCUCCAAAAUAAUCUUAAAGUGAAAUUAAUGCAUCUCCUUAAUCUUAGAAGAAUUUGAAUUAUAUGCUAUUCCCUAAUAUCUAGGCAUAAAUGUUAAAAUAAAGACCCACACUAACUGGACAAAACUCUCCUUCUUUUAGUUAGUAUAUAGAAUAAAAAAGCAUAGAUGAACUAUAAAAAUAAUUUCAAAGUAAUUCUUCUAUUCAAUCACUUGAGAAAAAAGAUAAGACAAAUUAUUUCUGCAAGCGAACCAAAAAGGAAGACAAGUAGCAGGGAAUUAAUUUAAAUAAAAAAAAUUUCUGUUUUAAAGUUGAUACUAACACAGAAAAAAUAUUACUUUAUGUCCAAGAAGUUGGAAGAUUUGAAUUAGCUUUAAAAUCUCCUAGAACGCAGGAAUCAAUAUUUUAGUUAGGAAUUCAAAAGGAUUUUUUAGAUUAUAAUAAAUUAAAAGACGAAGUAUUAAAAGAAGAAGUAGAUGAUCCUAUCGAAAAUCUCAAAUAAAGUUGUCUUAAAAAAAAACUUGCAAAACUAGUUAUUAGGAUUUCUAAAAAAAGAGAUGAAAUAAUUAAAGUCUUAGAUGGAAAAAAGCUUAUUGAUUAGUCUAAGUAAUCAAGUCCUUCCUCAUUUUAUAUAGGAAGUGCUUCUAUAUAAUAAGGUUCUUCUAAAUAGCUUUUUACUUAAGAUGAUUAUAACUAGUUUGUUUAAUCAACUAAUAGAAAUCUUCGUAAAAUUUAAGCUACCAUUUCAAUUAUGGGAGAAAAAUCAAAAUCUCUUAGUCCAAGUAUGGUAAGAUACUCAAAUAUUAUUAAUUCUUCGUUAAUGCAAAGCUACAAAGACUUCAAUAUGGUUAGAAUGCUCUAAACAUUACCAUCAGUUAAUGAUACUUUUUCUUCUGAUUUAGAAAAAGAGCUAAAGAAAUUUGAUAAACAAAAGCAGCUCAUUUAGAAAAAAGCCCUAGAAAUUAUAAAAUAGGAGUAAAUGAGAGAAAAUCAGGCUGAGUAUAUAAAAAGAAAAGACUAGCUUGCUGAACAACGAAUAUAAUAGCUGAAAGAAGAAGCGUUUUCAAAAAGCUAAGAAAUUUAAAAUAAAAAAUUAUAAAAAUAAGAGAAGUGCUUUUAAGCUGAAGUAACAAAUAAAUAUAGUCUAUACAAUAAAAUUUAAAAAAUCACAAGGAAACAUGAAGAAAUUGAUGAAAGAAUUUAAAGGCUCAAAAAUGAGAGAGAAAUGCUGAUAAAAUAGUAAUCUUAAAAAUAUUAUGAAAAGUCUUUAGAUACCUAAGAGAAAUAAAGAAUUAAAAUGGAAGAAGAUUAUAAUUUAAGAGUAAAAAUAUAAGAUAAUUUGAUAGAAGAUGAAAUUUUAGCAAAGUAAAGACAAGAAGCUUUAUUAAGAAUGAAGCAAGAUAAAAUUGUUAAAUUUAAUAUGAAAGAAUAAGAAACUAUGAAUUAUGCCUAAAGAUUAAAAAUUCAAGAUCAUUCAAAUUAAAUAAACAAAUUACUAUUUAAAUUAGAAAAAGUAGAGUAAUUUUAGUUAGAGAAAGAAAGAGAAAGAAAAGCAAAAAUACUUUAAAAAAAGCUUGAGCUCUUAGAAAGAGAGAAGAGCUAUAAUAAUAAUACAAAGAAGUUGAAUGAAGAAAUAAAAUUAAAAGAAUACAACAAAAUAUUAAACGUAGAAAGACAUAAUGCCUUAAUAAAACUAAAGGAGGUUGAUUAAAAUAAUAUGAUAAACUAUAAAAGAGCCCUUGCUCAAGCCAGGAAUCAAGAUAUUAAAGAUUCAGUAGAAUCUUAAAAGAAAGUUCAAGAUAUAAAAGUAAUAUAAAUAAUGCAAAAAGAAAAAUAACUAAAGGAAAAGAACAUGGAAGAUAAAAUAAAAAAAUUAAUAAUUAAAACAGUUCAAAACGAAUGCUUAAAACAAAGAUAAAUAGAAAGAUAAAAAAUAUUUGAUAAUGUUGAAAAAACUAGUUUAUACUUGUUUUAAGAGGAAAUUAAUAACCAAAAUUUUGAUUAGAACUUAGGAUUUAGCAAGCAAAUAAAAUAUAAUAAAGCAAUCAAAAUGCUUGAAAACACUAUUGAAAGAAGUAUUUUAGAUACUUCAAUUUAAUUUUAAAAUUCACUACUCGAUUAGUUUGCUGAAGAAGUUUAAAUAAAAGAUUUUUAGGAUUUUUAAAAUGUUGAACAAGCUAAAUCAAAAUAUUCUUAAAAAAGUGAUCUAUUAUUAAAUUAAAGUAUGUGA